AAAUUGCAAUUGACUUUCGGAGACAUGGAUGGGAGGCCAGAUGGUGAUGCGAGGCGUAUGUGGUCUCGGCAUGUGGGGUCGAUGGUGCGGGACCCUCAACUCAUCUCGCAUCGCCAAUUAAAGUGGAAAGCUUUGAGUACCGACCAACUCGAUUCACUGUGGCAUGCUAUGAUGGAUCCAUUUGAGAAUACAGAUAUGUCUAUAGAUACGUUCAGAGAGACCAGGAUGGCACAUGCCAAACAAAUAUGGGAUAGGUGGCGCUCUGAUUUGAGUCGGGAAUACGUCAAGAUUCAUCACGGAGAUGAGGCAGUCGUGCUUGCGAAUCCACCACCUUGUUAUGAUCCAUCAGAUUGGGAGUUCGUCUGCAGACACCACUUCUUCACCGAGAGUUUCAAGAAAAAAACUCUAUCAAUAUUGACAACAGAAAACAAGUGAAGUUUCCGCACCAUACAAGCAGUAAACCCUUUUCGCGCGUAGAAGAAGAAUUGGU